GCUGAUGAGCACACUUCGGAGCGUAAAAAUGACAGAUGGGACACCUUACGGACUCGUAGACUAAGAAAGCAUGCGCAAUUUAAGGCCGUGAGACCGAAAGUUCACAUGAAGUGCGCCAUUUGGGUUUCCACAGUUCCUUGAAAUCCUUGAAAGUUUGUGAAUCUGGGGGGAAAAAAUCAAGGCCCAGGGAAGUUUUUGAAAAUAUACAUACAUAGAUAAAACUCAUUGAAAGUGCUUGAAUCCAUUUUAUAAAAUCCACAUUAUUCCCUGUGUAGUGUAGGAUAAUAUCAUAUCAAUUGUUGUUCCCUGAGAAGGGAACGAGACGCUGCGUCUCCCUUGCCAUACUUUCUGCGUCCCUGUAACGCUGUUUUUGGCAAUAUUUCAGAUAGCGAUAUACUUCCUGCACCCUGUCUUUGUUGUUAAGCCUGGUUAAGCCUCAUCAUUGGUUGAAUUUGAUAUACACAUUCAGAUGCACUUACCACUGGAGGCAUCCCCAAAGUGUCAGCACAGUGACGCAGCGUGAGUUCCCUCAAAAGGUAACUGUAACAAUGUAUCCUUAAAGGUAACACGAUGUACUGGAAAUAUGUCCCUACAUUUGGUCCUUGAAUUUGAGGGUAUUGGACCUGGGGGUCCUUGAAAGGUCGUUGGAUUUGAAGUCAGCCAACCCUGUUCCUAACAAACACACUUGCCAUUAAAACACCCGGCACCUCCCUCACAGAUUUUUGGGCCUUGAUUUUUGUCAUUAAACAACCAGUGGCUUAUUGAAUUAGAGGAAGCAGCCUUUUCUUCCUCAGGAAACUUUCAAAGAAAACAAAGGGAAUCGGGAGCUCAUUUUACUACAGACCCAUAAGACAGAGACUAUAGAGGGAAGCAAAGAAGAACCGGGUCUGUUCUGUUCCAUAAGUACAGAUCCAACCACUGUACUGGUGCGGUGGUGGCAGAGGGGGUCCGGUUUUGGUUGGUACUGAACAAAGCCAACAUGGACAAUUUUCUGACCUCAUUCGGACUGAUGCUCGUGUGUGUUCAAUGCUUGGCUCAAAAUCUCUCUCCAACAGGGAAAAAUGUCUGCUUCAAUCCCAGAGACCCUUCUCCAUCAUGUUGUUCUGGAUGGAGCCAGCAGGGUGAUGAAUGUACAGUGCCACUCUGUGAGGGAGAAAGAGCUUGUCUACAGGAUGAAGUGUGUGUUUACCCUGGAUUCUGCAGGUGCAAACCUGGAUUUUUUGGGUACCAGUGCACAACUCCAUGUCCUCCUAAGUUUUGGGGGUCAGAUUGCCGUGAGCUAUGUCCUUGUCACCCUCAUGGGUUGUGUGACCCAAUAACAGGAGAAUGCUCGUGCUUCCCCAACCGCUGGGGCAACCUGUGCCAAAACAGCUGCAAAUGUGGACGUCAUGGUAAAUGUGACCCAGUCUACGGCAACUGCACUUGCGAGGAGGGGUGGUGGACAUCCACAUGUACCAAAGCCUGUCAGUGCCACCCCGGAGCAUCCACCUGCGACCAAGCCACAGGCCGCUGUCUGUGUAAUGAUCUAUACUGGGGCCAAAAGUGCAGUUUGCGCUGCAAUUGCUACGUGUCUCCUUGCCAGCAGCACACUGGUGAAUGUCAGUGCAUCAAUGGUUGGUGGGGUCCAUCCUGUGACCGCCGUUGCAACUGUGAUCUCCACCAUGCCGACUGCCUCCCGUCGGACGGCACCUGUUUGUGCCACCCUGGUUAUAAAGGUCCUUACUGCAACGCACCCUGCAGUGAUGGAAAAUAUGGCAGCGGUUGUGAGAAGAGCUGUGGACGCUGUGAGGGUGGCAGGCCUUGUACUAAACAAGACGGCCUCUGUGAUGCCUGUGAACCAGGAUGGAAUGGCACUCGCUGUGACCAGCGCUGUCCUGAAGGUUACUACGGUCAUCGUUGCCAGGACAUAUGCCCACAAUGCAGAAACAAAGAACCAUGUGACCCAGAAACUGGAGAAUGCUUAUCCUGUGACCCUGGUUGGACUGGACCAAGAUGUGACAAACCCUGCCCAGAUGGCACUUAUGGAGAUGAAUGUCGCUUCCUCUGUAAAACCUGCUUUCAGGGCCACUGUGAUCAUGUGACAGGAAAUUGCAUGUGUCUUCCUGGCUUCCAGGGGGAGAGCUGUAACAACACGUGCCCUCUUAACUCAUACGGUGUCAACUGUUCUUCCGUAUGCGACUGUGGGAAUCUCGCCUGCCAUCCCACCACAGGGGCUUGCCCGAACAGUAGCAGGGCAGGUCUUUUGGCAGGGCUUUUGAUUCCUAUAUUCAUUUUAAUAUUUGCCCUGUUGUUUUGUUGCUGCUGUUGUGGAGGGUCCGUCGAAGGAAAGGAAAGCGUGGCGGUUGGGGAUGGAGGUCCCGCAGUCCGCAUGAAGCAUCACGUGUACACUGUCCUGGCCAACGUGGGUUCAGCCAUUCCAUGUAUCUCCAUGUGGUCAUCUGGUCUACCUAGGAUUACAGUGUCUCAUCAUGAUCCCGAGCUUACCUUCAACCACAGCUUUAUUGAUCAGCCAUCGUCCGGUUGGGUGACUGAUUCAUUUGAAACUGAUGAUGAAGGAGAGGCCAUCUACUGUGAACCUCCUCGAGAAGAUGUUGUAACUGUGGCUGGCGGCGAGCUCCAGGAGCUGAACUCCAAGUGCAACUUCUUCCUUGACCCAUCAAACUUCAGCUCUGACGACAUGUCACAGGACUUUGGUAUCCCACGUACCUCCAGCAUAGCCAAAUCCAAGCGCCCUUCGGUCUCCUUUGCUGAAGGCACAAAGUUCAGCCCUAAAGAGCGGCGCAGCUCCACCCAGGAUCUGUCCGGUUCUGGAAGAAAAUCCAAAUCCUGGGGUGUGCUCAUGCUCUCAGCCCUGCAAGGAGGUCAAGGGAACCAUACUGAGGUAGAGGCUGAAAAGACAGAGGAGAAAACUGAUGAGAACGUCUCCUCUGAGGAGCAAGGUGCUACCACUGAGACAUCAGAAGCUGACUCCAUAAGGUACAGUUCUGGUUCCUCAAGGACUCACCUCAGUGUUCCUUGUGGGAGGCGACGAACCCAUUCCACCGCAAGAAAAAACACUCAGCCGCAGAGCUCAUCAGAUGGGGGACAGGACACAGAUUCAGAAGCAGAAAAAUUGACAACUGUGUAUGUGACUGUAGGUAAAAUCGUUAAGCAAGAGCUCAGCUCCGAAGGCCCUGUGCAGGCAAUGCUGCGCAGACUCGGUAGUCUUCAGAGACAGAAAGAGGUGGGCGUCCAGCCCAAAGGCAGGGGGCAGGCGAUUACCAAGCCUCCAAGGAGAAAGCUGGGAGCACGGGCCAGCGCGUGGGAGCAAGCCACAGUGUCGGGCCAAACGGAGGUGGUUAUGAGGAAACCUAGUCGCAAGAAGCACAGCUCCCUCAGCUCUCCCUGUAUAGCGGGGGCAACAGACUCUCCUCAGGACAACAGUACCCCUAAGAGGCCACUGUCCUCUAUUUUGAAAAGUGUUCCUGAGAGUGGCGUGCAUAGAUCACUGGUGGAACAAGACACUGAAACAAAUGCUCCAGUAGAACAUGAAUAUGAAACCGUUGCUCCAUCAGAUGGGGUCUCCACCUCUACUGAGAUUAUUAUCAAUGAGACAGUUGUGGGUGAAGCAGAAAACGAACCUAAUUAUGAGAAUGUUUAUGUAAAACAUUGA